ACCCGGAGACUUCCGGCGCGGCGCUUCCGGACAGAUACUGUUUACGCCGCGUCCGAUUUGGGCAGCGUUGGAGUCGAGGCGCGUCUGUCCACGGCUGAGCGAGCGGCGGGGUCGCGCCCAUGGCGUCCCGCGGGGCUCGCAGGCUGACAUUGUGCGCGGGCCUGGCCCUCGGCGGCGCCGCGCUGCUCCUACUCCUCCUCCCGGCGGCCGCGGCGCAGGAGCCGCCCAGGGCGGCCUGUUCUCAGAACACCAACAGAACCUGUGAAGAGUGCCUGAGAAAUGUCUCUUGUUUGUGGUGCAACACUGACAAGAUGUGCUUGGACUACCCAGUGACAAAAAUCCUACCGCCUGCUUCUCUCUGCAAGCUGAGUUCUGCGCGCUGGGGCGUCUGCUGGGUGAACUUCGAGGCACUGAUCAUCACCAUGUCGGUGGUCGGGGGGUCCCUGCUCCUGGGCUUGGCCGCCUGCUGCUGCUGGUGCGGGAGGAGGAGGAGGAGCCGCCGUAAGCCUGACCCCAGCGAGGAGAAGGCGGAGCGAGAACGCGAGGACCGGAGGCUGCGGCAGGAGGAGAGGAGAGCAGAAAUGAAGUCAAGACAUGACGAAAUCAGAAAAAAAUAUGGUUUGUUUAAGGAAGAAAACCCAUAUGCUCGAUUUGAAAACAACUAAAUGCGGCUCCGACAGCUGCUGCUUGGCUUGGGCCUCCAGGCCUCCGGGCCUCGGCGCGCUGUCGGAGCACUGAGAGCAGUCUGUCCCUGUCCUCUCCACUUCUGUAUUUCUUCUCCUGAGAUGGCAGCCCGUCUGGGUUUGUUUCUUGGUAAUUCGAGGAGGAAAUGUACACGUUCCAUGACUACCAAGUCUCUAAGCUACGGGCAAGCCCCACAGCCUGGCCACGCGGAUACCGGGCGGGUUCCGUCUCAGUCUCUUCGCAGCAGUGCCUUGUUCCUGUCUGCCUGCCGACAGGCUUCAUGUGCAGUGAAGGAAAAGCGUUUUCAUUGCCACCAAUCCCUGUUGCUUUAAACUAGAAAAACAUAGGUUUGGGAAAGUGGGUCAGCAGGCACGUAAAACGAGCAGCGUGCCCACCUCCAUGCUUGUGCUGUCGACUCACAGCACGGGUGGGGCUCUCGGGCAGACCGGUGUGAUCCAGACAACUUGACAUACUUACUGAUUACUCUUUAAAUUCUGUAUGUGAAUUGACAUUUCUAUCCUGAAAUUUUCAGACUGAGAAUCUAACCUUUGACAGAUUUUCUGGUUUUAUUUCUCUGACUUGGGCAUUUCAUAGCAAUUCAAAGUAUUAUACAGCAUUCCUAAGCAUUUUAUAGCAGCCUGCAAGUUUUGACUUCCACCGUUGAUGUAUAAAGGACACUUUGUAACGGACUUGAAUAACCUCGCAGCAGUGCAGUAGUUCUAUGGAAGGCCACUUUGCUCCUUGAAUUGAGGUUGCCGAGCUGAAAGAGGCAGGGGUUGUUUGGGGAGGUGUAUCUAAUCCUUCACCCAGUGGGACCCUCCUGGGGCCGCUGCAAGGCCUUCCUGGUCCAAGACCAUUUGGACAGGUGGAACUUGUGACCUCGAGGAAACCAAGUGCUCAGAGUGCCUUAAUUUUAACCAGUUCUCAAUAAAUGGUUGAAUACA